AUGUCCGCAACUUUCAAUGUUUUCGUGACAAUUUCAAAUUUGUCAUUUAUCAAUGUCAAAAAUCUCAAAUGCGUUGUUAAUGAUUCAGUUAAUUACUUCAACUUUAACAAGAACGAGUACGAGUACAUCUCGAUGUUCCCAAAGCAGAGACAGAUAGAAAUUGAAAACCCUCUUUACGCGUUGGUUGUAAAUGUCGGAUCAGUCAAAUUUAUUGAAUUUUUGAAGGCAUUAGACGGUUUACAUCCAGGACUAAACAAUUGUUGUACAAUGACUUGUACGAGGAAGAACCCGAUGAAUUCGUUGUUGAAUACGAAGGGAAGCAUCCAAGAUUCAGAAGAUUCAUUUAAAAAACCCGACAGAUUCAAAGAGUUUGUAUUUUCCUGUUAG